AUGGCAACCGGGCGCCCCGUCUCGUCCGCCCCCGUUCGCGCCGCCACUCACCUCAGUCGGCGGCCAGGCUCUCAGCCGGGUUGCAGCGAGCCAGUUAGCGUUCCCGAGACCCUAGACCCCGGCCCCAGCCCCCUCCCACCCUCGCGACUCGGGCCAGAGUGCCCACGCCCACCCCUACCACGGGGACCGACCAAGGGGGAGGCCCCCCCGCUCGACAAGGCAUCCCGGCGUGGGAACCCGUGCACCCCGUGCUGGCCACGCGUCCCGGUCGCUCGGGAAAGUUCUGCAAAGUCCCCGCGCCCGGUGCGCGCGCCCCUCGGCUCCCCGGCCCGACCGAGCCGCUCACCUGGCGGGCCGGCCCAAUCCGCUCGCCUGCCUGCACGCCUGGUUGGGCUCGGGGUAGUGGACCCGCGUGCUUGGCCCGGUUCCCUUGCGGACGUGCGUGCCAAAUGGAGCCACACGGCCGCCGCUGUCCGCCGCGCUGCCAGCUCUGAUUUUUUUCCCGCGAAAACUCGGCGUUUUGGAGUUGUGGGGCCGCGGGAGGCCUCUCUGGGGGCGGAGGCCUGCCUUGUGAUUGGCCGCCGCAGUGGCGGGAAGCGAGAUAGAGGGUAGGGGGACGCCCCCACCUCUAUCCACCCUCCUCUGCCUGGCCGCCCAGUUCUGCGCUCUCUGCUGGGCGCGCCCAGCGUGCUGGGCCGGGUGGCGCGACCCGAACACCCCCUAAUGUGCCCCCUUCGGGAGCUCCAGGGACCUUCCAGGGUAGAGACCCCCCUUGACCCUCUUAAGUCUGUUCUAGCAGCUCCAUACGCCCUCCCCCCCAAGCACACAUUUGACCAGUACGGUCAGGAAGGCCAGAAUCAAUGUCUGAAUACUGUGGGAGAAUAUGGAGAGCCCCCACAAGACCGCAUGCACCCGAUGGGCUAUCUGAUAGACCCUAGCCCCACUUCAUUGCAUUAG